AUGGAAGCGACCGGGCAGCUGUCGGUGCCCCCGGGGUUCCGGUUCCACCCCACUGACGAGGAGCUGCUCUACUACUACUUGAGGAAAAAGGUGGCCCACGAGGCCAUGGACCUCGACGUGAUAAGGGAGGUUGAUCUCAAUAAGCUCGAGCCGUGGGACCUCAGAGGUGAGAUCCUCCGGAUGAUCCCUACUUCUUCGGGAAGGUUUCCGUCCAACCUCUAAUGAAGGAGAGAGAAACUUUUCUCCUUUGAUUUGCACCCUAGAGUCGUAAUAGGGUAUCCCAUAACGCGACUAAGAUUAGAAUUGAACGAAUCACAUGAACAUGGUUCCGAAACGAGUAGCGUUUUGAAGAGCCGUUUGCUGGAUAAACCUCUCCCCCCUCCCUCUGUGUGCGUGUAUUCCUCUCUCUCUCUCUCUCGCUCUCUCUCUCUCUCUCUCUCUCUCUCUCGCUCGCUCGCUCUUCCUCUCUCUCGCGCGCGCUCUUCCUCUCUCUCUCUCUCUCUCUCUGUAUAAAUAUCUAUCUUUGCGGUGUGCUCUCUAAAUAAAACGUGCUCGUGCAUGACAGAAACAUGUAGAAUCGGGACAGGACCUCAGAACGAGUGGUACUGCUUCAGCCACAAGGACAAGAAGUAUCCGACAGGAACGCGGACGAACCGGGCUACAGACGCCGGGUUCUGGAAAGCAACGGGGAGAGACAAGGCGAUCUUCCACAGCGAUUCAAAGAGGAUUGGCAUGCGGAAGACCCUCGUCUUCUACACCGGGCGAGCUCCCCGUGGCCAGAAGACCGACUGGAUCAUGCAUGAGUACCGUCUCAUCGACGAUAACCCGGGGAUCCAGGUAUGGUGAUUACUGGUGAUACUCGUGCCUUCUGUUAGAAGCGACAGUCUUGACGAGUUUCUAGAAUGAGAAUGGCUGAUUUAACUCGUCUUUUACGACCCUUAAAGGGAAAUUUCUGAGCAGUCCUCUCCCACUGAUGAUGGCAGGAAGUCACAAAAAGGAAAAAAAAAGAAGAUCGAUAAUAUGGAAAAAAGAGAAUAUCUCAUAUUUAGAUUGAAGAGGUAGUUUGACUCUUGAGGGUUGGUUCAGAAUAUGUGGGUCUUCACCAUUGGAUCUCGAACUGGCAUUGAGUUUGACUACAAGUAGGAUUCUUUCACAUGAGGUCAUAGGUUCAUGCUCUCCGUCUUUUGGUUUCACGUCCCCUCUCUACCGUCCACACGUCAAAAUAAUUUGGAAAUCGGACUUACGGAUUAAGAGACUACGAUAGCCAUAUAUCAUAGGAAAUAAUGCCAAUGAUGUGAUUAAAAUAGGCUGGCUGACUCCAUUCGUCGCCGACUAAUAAACUGAACGAUCCAAUUCUCUCAAACUUUGGAUCAUCAGAGAGGGUUGACCUUAAAAUCAUCCUCACAAUGUAAUUUAUUCACUGACUUAUGACUGCCAUUGUUUUCCUUUUCCAGAAGGAAGGAUGGGUCAUUUGUAGGGUAUACAGAAAGAAGAAGAACCAGAGAUCCUUCACAUCAGGACCAACAUCGGAGGGAGAACAGCUCCUUCACUGUAGGGAAGGUGGGUCCAUGGUCUGGGGGCAAAGGCAGAAUCCUCAGUGGCCAUACGACCCCCUCUUGGGAAACUCCAUGCAACUCCCUCAGCUGCUGAGCCCCGAGCCUUCGGCGGCCCCUUACAUGGCGGCAUCUUCCAACCCAUCUGACUCAGUGUUCUCCCAGAGCUUGAUGAAGCUGACGAUGGGCGGUGGCGGGCUCUGGAAGCAGCAGCAGCAGCAGCAGCAGCAGCAGCAACAACAACAACAUCAACAGCAACAGCAGCAGAGGGUUCAUGGCGAGUGGUCAAUCGUGGACAAGCUCCUGGCCUCCCACCAGAACCUGGAUCAGGUUUUCCAGGGAAAGUGGAAUCCUCUGGUGGCCCAGACCGUGGACCACGGUUUGUCGGUUCUCAGGUUCCCUCCCCCGCAGUGUGGGAUGUGA